CUAGAACCCUCUCCUUCUUCUCCGAUGAGCACCACCGCCUCAAUGCUCCCACUCCUCCUCCAUCUCCUCCUCCUCCUCCGCCUCGCCAUCGCCGCCAUCCCCAACCCCGAUCCGGCACUCAUCCAUCCCUCCCUCCUCUUCCCCUCCGCAUCUGCCCCUCCUUCCACCAUCCCCGCAUUCCCGGAGCAAUCCGACGCCGCCGCUUCCACCACCACCACCUGCCCUCUCGAUCUCUCUCCGUCCCUUCUCCACGCCAUCUCUCACUCCUGUUCCUCCUCUUCAUCCUCUCUCCCCUCCCGCUCUCGCUGCUGCCCUACUCUCGCCGCUUGGCUUCUCUCCGCCUACGCCUCCACCGCUCUCCGCGCCCCUCCUCCCCAACCCCUCUCCGACCUCCCCGUCCUUCCCGAUGAUUCCGAGUCCUGCGCUGAUGGCGCCGAGGCGGCCAUUCGCUCUAGAGGCGUUUCCUUACCUCGCGUCAACGGCACCUGCGGCAUUGCCUACUGCUACUGCGGCGUUCGUCUUCGCCGCCUCACCUGCCCUUCCGCCUUCUCCGCCUCCGGCGAUCAAUCGCGCUGGUCUCCAAAGCCCGCCGUCAAGAAGAAGCUCGAGAAGGACUGCAAUCGCGCCGGCAUCGCCGGCUGCUCCCGCUGCCUCUCCACUCUCAACCAGCUAAGUAGCAUGGCCGGCGGUGGAAACGCCACCAAGUCCGGCAAGAAGCCGGCGAGCCAUGAAGCCAAGCCGGACGACGGAGAGUGCCAGAUGAUGGGACUGACAUGGCUUCUCUCAAGAAACAGAACACUCUACCUCCCAACUGCCACGGCCGUGCUCCGCUCCUUCCUAGCCACCGCUCCCGGCACCGGCGCGCCGACAUCAUGCUCACUCCCACAUGAUGACAUGCCACUCGCCGUGGACUCUUCCCAGCUUGACGGCUCGAGCUCGUCGGCGCCGUCCCUACCACUAUCUCAUCACUCACCAUUGUUUUCUCCACUAAUCAAUCUCUUAGUGCUGUUUGGUGUGUUUGUCUUUGCUUGAGCUUUAAGUUCUUCUCACUUCCAGUGCUUAGUUUGUUGUAGAGUAGGAGUGUUUGUUAUUAGAGUAGCAUUAA